UAGAACUACAUUAGUUAAUCAGCUCCUCAUCAAUGCCAGCACUUCCCCACCAUGAUUCCCACAACACUAGUGCUAAUUACCAUUGAUCUUGAUCAACAAACAGCUCUCUUCUCGGCUACUUUGAUCAUUGCAGUCGUCAUUUGGUAUACAUGGCUCGUCUUCAGAUACUACUCAAAGAAGCAACAGCAAUCUCCGUUGCCUCCCGGCCCCCAAGGCCUUCCCAUUGUGGGCUACCUCCCCUUCCUUGACUCCCAACUCCACUCCCACUUUGCGCUAUUGGCUAAGAAGUACGGCCCUAUUCUAUCGUUGAGGCUUGGUGGAGAGACAUGCAUAGUGAUAAGCUCGCCGGGAAUGGCUCGGGAGAUACUAAAAGACAACGACGUAACAUUUGCGAACCGCCCUGUUCCGAAUGUGGUGAAGGCCAUGGAGUAUGGAGGUCGAGACUUAGUUUUCACGCCGUAUGGGGCCGAGUGGAGGAUGCUGAGGAAGGUGUGCAUGCAGGACAUGCUCGGGCAUGCCACCCUCAAUCAGUUCUACUGUUAUAGAAGGCGUGAAAUUGGUGAAACUGUGCGAUAUCUGCACAGUUUGAAGGGAUUGGAGGCGGUGAACGUUGGGGAGGAAAUGUUCUUGAGCAUCCUGAAUGUGAUCACGAGCAUGCUGUGGGGCGGGACGAUACAGGGCGACAAGAGGUCCAGCAUCGGAGCGGAGCUUAGGCAGGUGGUGGGUGAGAUCACUGACCUCAUGGGAAAGCCUAAUGUGUCGGAUUUCUUCCCGCGACUGGAGUGGAUGGAUUUGCAGGGGAUGAAGAAGCGGAUGAAGAAGGUGGUUGUGAAACUUGAGAGGAUAUUCGAUGAGAUUAUUGGACUAAGAACAGAAGGAGACGGAAAGAAGAGCAGCAGCAGCAAUGGUAAUGUUGACUUCUUACAGGUGUUGCUCAAACUGCGAGAAGGGGAUUCCACCAAACCUCCUCUGACUAUGUUCCAUGUUAAGGCUUUGCUUUUGGACAUGGUGGUGGGAGGCACAGACACGACGUCCAGCACCGUGGAAUUCGCGAUUGCUGAGAUGAUGAACAACCCGCGGGUGAUGAUCAAAGCACAGCAAGAAUUGGACGCGGUGGUGGGCAAGGCGGUGGAGGAAUCGGACCUAGACAAACUGAUAUACUUGAAGGCGGUGAUCAAAGAAGUGCUGCGGCUGCACCCGGUGCUCCCGCUGAUGGUGCCGCAUUGCCCCAGCGAGUCCUGCACCGUGGCAGGGUUCCGGGUGCCCAGGGGGGCUCGCGUCUUCGUCAACGUGUGGGCCAUCCACAGAGACCCCGCCUUUUGGGAGCAGCCGUCGGAGUUCAUGCCGGAGAGGUUUCUGGGGCCGGAGGGGGAGGGGAGGUGGGAUUACAGCGGGAGUGACCUGAGGUAUUUGCCAUUCGGUUCGGGGAGGAGGAGGUGCGCCGGGAUGGACAUGGGGGAGAGGAUCGUGAUGCUGUCGGUGGCGUCGCUGGUCCACGGCUUCGAUUGGAGCAAGUUGGGGCAAGCAGAGACUGUGGAGGAACACCCAGUGUCUGAGAAGUUUGGGAUUGUCCUAAAAAAGAGGGAACCGCUGGUGGCUGUUCCGGUCCCAAGGCUGACUCUCACUGACUGACUGACUGACUCAUCUGGAUUGUCCCUUUGCCUAGUGUUUUUACGUGUUUAUGUUUUGUUACGUCUAUUAUUCUCCGCUUACUAAUUUCAUAACU